GGAAGCAAAGGUCAGUUGCAUUGUCUGGACAAGCAUGGCCGGUUUCGGGAGGCGGCAGAUGCGUUUGGGCGGUGAGUGGCUUACUACUUUGGGUCAAGUUACCAAUGACGCCCACAUUGCCAAACACCCUCUGUUUGGUGCCACUACUAAAGUCGUAAAUUUGCCUCCGAUAUGCCAUCUGCCAUCGCGACAUCCUACGUUUCGGAAUACAAGUGCCACUCGAACGCAUAUAUAGGCAGCUACGAGGUUUCGGACAGCCCACCACUUUCUCUCCCCGUCUGCCCGACAUUACACUCCCAGCUCUUCCCUCGACUUCUCUCUCGCUCACCCGUGGACGCACACUCAACGUCUCCAGGCGCUCGGACCAGAUUGACGAUGGCUCAGACUCUUCUCAAUCUGUACCCUCCCCUUAGUCCUACCGUGGCCGAAGAAACACGCAUCAGCGACCAUUGGAACGACGAUGCGCUCUUCCAGACGUAUCUGCACCGCCUGCCGGAGCCGACUUACGACCAGGUAAUGGAGACUGGCCGCAUCCAUGCGCGCGUCAAAUGUUCCCGCGCCCGCAUUCGCGAUCUGAACAUCCUUCGCAAGCAGAUCCUCCCGCGCCAAAGCGCGCAGAUCGACAGCGACCUCGCGAAGGAGAUGUUUAGGCGCAAGGUGCUGGCGUGGCAGAUGUUCCGCGUCAACGAGCUCCCCGCGGAGCUCCUCGUCGAGAUAUUCCGCUACGUCGUGCUGAGCACGCACGUUAUGCGAGGCGAAGCUACCCAGAAGCUGCGUCUCACCUGGGUGUGUAGGCGGUUCCGCGAGGUUGCUAUUGGGGAUGGGGUGUUGUGGAGUAGGAUCCUUUUCACCGACCCGUCCCCGUGGUCGCGAUCCCUCACGUUCUUCGAGAGGGCCGCCGAGGCUCCCCUCGACAUCUGCAUCAACGACAUAGCCUUCCCGAAGGUGCCCACGAUCAGCCACCAGCAAGUUAUGUUCCUCGUCGAGAUCUUCCGGACGAAGGCCCACAACAUCCGCUCCCUGAUCUUCUCCCUGAGCGACUGGCUGUGCCCGUGGUUCGCGCUCAAGAUGUUCGAGAACGUGGACAACGCGAACAGGCUCGAGCUCCUGCAGGUCGACCGCGGCUGGGAGCCCUACCUCUGGAGCGCGAGUCACUUCAGGAACCCCGAGAGCAGGGAGCCGCUCGUCCUCCUCGGCGGGAACACGCCGAGCCUGAAGACCCUCAUCCUGAACGGCAUCAGCCUCAACUGGGACACCGUCAACACCGCGAACCUGAGGGCUCUAGACAUCCGCCGCCUCACGCGGGACGUGGCCCCGACGGUCCAGCAGUUCCGCGUGCUGCUGCAGGCACCGAACCUCAUGAAGCUCUACCUCCACUCCACCGUCCCGCAGUUCGAGGGGCCGCUCCUCCUCGAGCCGGUCUUUAUGCCGAACCUGCGCGAACUGCGCCUCGGCGACAUGAGCUGCCAGUCGGCGAUGAACAUCCUGCGCUGCAUGCACGCGCCCGAGGUCCACAUCCUCGCGCUCCUCUCGAUGACGGGCGCGGACUACACGCCCUUGUUCGAGAUGCUCACGUGGCGUUUCCAGUGGAUAGAGGUGCUCGAGCUCACGGUCGUCCAGUUCGAGGACAACACCACGGCGAGGGAGCACAUUAUGAAGUGGUUCGACUCGAUGAUCAACCUGCGCGUGCUAAAGAUCGAGAGCUUGAACAGCCCCGCGGUGUUCCGCUACCUCCUUGCCGACCCCCAGGAGUGGAGGGAUGACAGCCAUCCGUUCAGCCAGGAACCGUUCAGAUCUUCCCAUGGGUUUAUGCACCACAUGAACCCCAACCUGACCACGCUCGUCACGAACAAGAUACCCGCCGAUGAGCUGGCCUUCUUCGCGAAGGGGAGGGACGAUUUCCUCUUGCCUUUGUCUGUGGUCGCGAUCCCCGAGGAGAAGUGGAAGGAGUACACACCCCAGCAGAAGGCCCCGCUGGCGUUCCUCGAUAAGCGGAUCCAGCUCGUGCGCAACCACCCGCAUCAUCUCACCACGGAGGAGCACAAAAUCCGCAUCGCGCUCGACCAGAGCUUCCGCGUCAGGGGAAUGUUGACAUGAAUUUCUUGUGCAACUUUACGAACAACGACUUGG